UCCUGCCAUUAGAGGUGUGGAGAAUUCAUAACAGGUCAAUCCUGAAGUUGUCGAAACUUUGUUGUGGGAAUCGUCGAUGUCAUGGUCAUAGAAAUAUUUCUAUCGUCCUUGAGAUUUUUCAAGGAUCCGUCUGCUUGUAGCGCAACUUAAAACUGGUAACGUUGUAACGCAUUUGGAACGUACCUCUAUCAACUCCUAGUUUCGUUUAUUAGUUUGCCUUAAUCUCACGCUGGAUUUAUAUCUGGUUGCUGUCUAUUUAUUCGUAUAUUGCAUACCACUUCACACGCUGCUCCUCAUUCCCAAACACACUAGGUAUCUUCCGGUUAAACUCAAGUUUACGAAAGGCCGAAGUUAAAACGACUUAUAGUUUUUCCACCUAUAGCCUAAGUUGUUUCCAACCAGCGACAUGAAUUCAGAAGAACUAAGUCGGCUGAAACGUCACUUUUCUAAAAACCCACGUGUCAAGGAUUUCUCUGGUUACGGGGGAAAGAUACAUACUCUUGGGUGGAAUAGUAAUGGGUUGAGACUAGCCUCUGGAUCAUCUGACAAGCUUGUAAAUAUAUAUGCAUUAGAAUCCACAAGACUAACAAAAGUACAUAGUUUCCGAGGUCAUAAUGAAAGCGUGGACCAACUUUGUUGGCACCCAUCAGACAGCGAUAUUGUUGCAACUGUGGGUGCAGAUGGUGCUAUUCGUUUGUGGGACUGUCGGACGAAAAAGGACCCAAUAACAGCGCAAUGUAAAGGAGAGAACAUCAACUUAGCAUGGUCACCGGAUGCACGCUACGUUGCUGUUGGUAGCAAAACAGACUUGGUUUCAUGGUUUGAUUUGCGUGCAGGACUUAAAGUGAUACAAGCCGAACAGUUCACUUCAGAAAUUAAUGAAUUCGCCUGGAACCCUAGUGGGGAAGCAUUUCUUUUAACUACUGGUCUUGGAAGUAUAUUAGUCUACAGUGGGAAACCAGGUGACAUGAAACGUGAAGCAAGUAUUCAGGCUCACCCAGUCAACGCAAUGUGCCUGCAGUUUUCACCCUCAGGUCAUCAGUUUGCUGUUGGCAGUGCAGAUGCUUUAGUGUCCAUUUGGGAUGCAGAUGAAUUUGUAUGCCUACGUACAUUAUCUCGCUUAGAAUGGCCUGUACGUACUUUGGGAUUCUCUUAUGAUGGAAAGUUAAUCGCCGCAGCUAGUGAAGAUCAUUUUAUUGAUAUUGGCCAUGUGCAAACAGGUGAACAAGUUUAUCAAGUUGGAACACAUGCAUCGGCUACAUUUGUACUCGCUUGGCAUCCUCGACAAUACUUGUUGAGUUACUCAAGUGAAGCAAAAUAUGAACGAGAUCAAGGUGUUAUUCGAUUGUUUGGUGUAAUGAGUGAUGAUUUAUGAAUGAUUUUGUUGUAAAGAUAUAGGGUGGGGAAGAGCGUAAUCCUUUUUUCAUUUGUAACCUGUACAAAAUUAUCAAUCGUAUAUUUUAAAUACAUGCAUUUUUGAUGAG